AUGGACCAUGGGAUACCUCUUAAUAUCCACGCGAGGCCCCGCCUGGUUGGCCGGCGGCCCAACGAGAUAGUUAACAUCGAGACUGACGUUUUUCAAGAGAAAUCCUACAAGCAGUACUCGUCGCAGCAUUUAAGAGACGCCCUUAUUGCGGUUAAAAAAGGUUACAGUGUGUACGCGGCCUCAAAUAAGUUUGGAGUUCCCAGGAAGACUUUGAGAAAUUGGAUGGAAAAGUACGAUAUUAAGAGUCAGUUUUCGAAAGGUAGGCGCGGCGCUAGAACGCAAAUUUUGGACCCUUUGGACCUCAUGGUGGAGUCAAGGUCGGAAAAGUUUGAAGACGAUUUUCCGAUAGCGAACGUGCAGUGUCAAUACGACAGUCCGUCGGAUACGGAGCCGGAGCGAGGGGGCGCCGUCGCGCGACCGACAGACGACCAUACAUACGACACGCGCGACGAGCCACCCGCCUUUAUCAUACGACACGUUAAUAAUGCGAUACAACUGCAAAGCACGCCAAACUUCCGUGAGGCUCGUCCCAAGAUCAUGACGAUAGGACCUGGCUCCUCCGCCUCCGUCAACGUGAUACACGUUGGCGACCAGGCACAGGGCCAAGAGAUGGCGUUACAGUGCGCCCCGCAACCAGUGGAGCUGAGCUUGAACAAGCGCAUCCGACGCAGUGAGGUCGUGCUGCGUCAGGCUGCGGACUGCGUCAGUCGCGGCCUCACCUUCCAAACUGUCUCAGAGCAGUUCAAUAUACCUAUAUCUACUAUACGGUUCUUCAUGGCGCGGAAAGGUAUUUUACCGCGUCGUAGACGAGGGCGCAGUACACAGCCAAGUCGUCCAUGCAACAGCCCCGAGCCUCCGUUCCACAUGCAACACUUCAAGCUACCUGACAUGGUGGCCCUUCGUACUGAUGAUGAAGAGCAUCCCACUCACUAA